AUGACUGCUCUGCGAACCCCAGAUGGAAGAACUGCAGCAUCGAGAAGGGGUAUGGAAGAGGCCAUUUCCAUAGCUGAAUCUAGACAUCUGAAGUACCUACCGCCAGUCCACAUCAACACACUGGCGAGGCUCUUCACUCGUUAUUUGUCAGAAUUCAAGGUUCAUAAGCAAUUGAAACCCAGCAAGACGGUGCUGUUGUAUAAGAAGGGAGAACUGUCAUGCGAGCAACCAAGCAACUCCACGACCAAAAGUUCCCCAUUCGACAAUGAUGUCAUAAUCGACGUGAAGAGAGGGCUUUGUCAGAGUGACACAAUUUCACCCAAAAUAUUCAGUGCCGCUCUCGAGAACUUGAUGCGAGGAAUGGAAUGGGAUGACAUGGGAGUGAAAGUUAACAGGCGGCAUUUACACUAUCUUCGUUUCGCUGAUGACAUCGUUCUUAUAACAACAAGCAUCAAUCAGGCGGAACGGAUGCUGGCGGAAUUUUCUUAA